AUGACAUACAACUUCGCCGUCUCGGGCGUCCUUCUCGCCGUCGUCGGUGUGAUCGGUCUCUUCGGUAACAUUCUCGUCGUCACUGUUUACCUCUCUCGUCAUCACCGCAUCCAUUCAACUUCCAUCUAUUUGGCUUCUCUUGCGCUCUCCGAUUUCUUUCUCAUCAUCACCGCUAUGUUUCUCUUUGUACUCGAAGCGUGGAGGCAUCAUAAUUAUCCAUUACUUGCUUGGCUCUACACAACGGGCGCUCCAUUGAUUUUUCCGUUGGCAGCUGUUUUCCAGACCUCUUCCGUAUAUUUAUGCGUGGCAGCAGCUGUGGAUUGCUUUAUCACAGUGGUUUUGCCAGCCUCUGUCAAACAAUUGUACUGUACACCGAGAAGAGCCAGAAUCACCGUUUUUUGGAUAAUGAAUUUCUGUAUUGUUUACAAUAUUCCGCACGCUUUGGAGAUUGAAAAGGUUGCUUGCAUUAUGGACUCUGGACAGAUCAGCUCUCAAAUUUGUCCAACCGAUAUCCGAAAGAAUCCAGCUUAUUACACGAUUUAUUACACAUAUAUGUACACAACAUUUCUCGCCGUUGGACCGUUGAUUCUUCUGAUAUUGCUCAAUAUUUGCGUUGUUUACACAGUGGUCACAAGUGAGGUUGAUAAUGGAGAAGAAUCUGAUACCGUCAGCUUGAUCCUUGUCGUUUUCUUCUUCAUCUUUUGCAACUUCACUGCCCUACUCGUCAACUUUUUAGAGUUGAUAUUACCGUUAACGUUUGGUGAACUUUUGGUUUAUCUUGUCGAUCUAUCCAAUCUACUAAUUGUUAUCAAUGCCACCGCCAAUUUCUUUUGCUAUUUAUUCUUUGGUGCUGCGUUUAGACGAACUCUUCUCUCAUUUUUCUCUCGUUCCACCACUUCAAAGCACAAAACCCAGGAGUUAAUCUGGCAAUCGAAUGGAACCUCAAAAAUCCCUGAGAAUCUCACUCUACUU